AUGUUGCAAGUGUCAUUGCCUUUGUUUUAUGGUUGUCAUAGAGAACAUGAUACUUGGGAAAAGAGCAUAGAGAAUUUGUUUGUGUUGCUUAACAUAGAGAAAGAGAGUGAGAAAAUAGGCUUAGCUAUAGGUUGUUUUCGUUCUAAUGCUUUGAAUUGGUGGAAGCUAGUUUCAAAUAUCUAUUCACAUUAUUGGUAUCGUAAUUUGGAUGAUUGGCAUGAUUUGAGAAGUGCUUUGCGAGAAAGAUAUGCUGGUACUAACACCUUUGAUGAAGCAAAAGUGAAGUUGCUCAAUUGUAAGCAGAAUGGUAGAUCCAUUCAAUCUUACUUUGAGGAAUUAGAAGGGUUGUUUCUGAGUUCAGAAGUGGAUGAGAACGACUACAUGUUGACAGACCAUUUCCACUAUGGCUUGGACAAGUGUUUCAAACAACACCCAAAGAUAAGGAGACAAUCAAGGCUCUAUGAGGCAUACUAUGCUGCCUUAGAAGUGGAAAGAGAGCAUGAUACUUCUUGUGGUUGGAAUGGUCCAAUUGAGGAUCAGGGGCCAAUCAAGGAAGAAAGAAUGGAUCUUGACUACCUAUGUGAUAGGGAGUUGGUUCAAGAGAGCUAUGAUCAAGGUGAUGAGAAUGUCAUUAACUUUGGGGUUCAAACCAAAGGAGAUGCAGACCUCAUGGAAAUAAGUGCUGAAGAGUAUCAAGAGAGUUUGACUCUGUGUGCUCCAUGA